AGCAAUGACGUUGAAACAGUCCAAAGUGUAUCAUUCAUGUCUCAAGGAAUAUCGUAGGCCUAUGAAUUUGUGGCGGUGGCUCGUAAUUGUAGAGAACGUGCUUUCAUGGUCGUCCCGCGCCACAAUGGCUACAGGAGUUUCUUUCUGUCUGAGUCACACAUUUCUUCUGCGCCGCAAGUCAUGACAUGUCACUCGAUUUUAUUGUUGAGGAUCCAUUAGUAUGCAAACGCAAACGUUCCAGCCGAGCAUGCGAACUUUGCCGAAUUCGCAAAGUUCGCUGUGAUGGGUUGAGUCCGCAAUGCACUCGGUGUCAGCAGGAAAACAAAGAAUGCUCAUACACCAUUACGAGGAAACGUGGUCCGAAAUCACUGCUCCGUAAAACCAAUUCCCCCAAUUUAAGUCGGUUGGAGAAUGAAUCUGGUGACUAUGCUCCUGAUCACUCCACAACUGUCAAAGAUUUUGACGACGAUCACAACGACUACUAUGAGACAGAGAAAGUCAAAGUACAUUACUUUCGGUACAUGGGCAGAACUGCAAUUGCUCCUGGUCUAAAACGCAUCGCUGUCACAUUAAGAAUGAAACGACCUAGGGCACAAAUACAGCAAGCCAAGAACAAUUCGGUUCCUAUAUCUAGAAGUCCUACACUGUCUAGUGCUACGGCUUUGAGACAGCUAGAUUUGGAUACAUAUACACCGAGUCGCGCAGUCGUACGGCAUUUGAUAGAUCUGUUUUACGUGCAUGCAAGCUUUAUGUUUCCUUGGGAGAGUAAGGCUUCCAUUUUAUCUGAUAUUGAGGCGGAUGCUGCUAGUGCCUGCUUAGUGUAUAGUAUGUGUGCAAUUGGUGCAAGAUACUCAACGCAUCCUGAAGUUUGUAUACCGGGGAAAGAGCGAUAUGCCUACGGAGAACCAUUUGCGGACAAAGCGAAACGAUUAAUCAUUCCGCUUUUAGCACUUCCGUCAUUGGAAGUGGUGCAAUCACUCGUAUUGCUGACGCACCAAGAAUUCGCCACCGAUAGAGAUUCAGCUUUGUGGAUGUACGCUGGUAUGGCCAUUCGAAUGGCUCAGGACAUUGGUUUGGAAAAAGAACCAGUGCCGGUCCGCAAGUCUGACUCUGUAAAAAGGAACUCUAGCGACGCUGAUUCAGGAAAUCACUAUCGUACCGAGGCACUACCCACUUACAAAACCGAACGCGAACGUGAAACUCGACGAAGAGUCUUUUGGACAGUGUACUUUCUGGACAGACUCAACAGCAUAGGCUUGGGCCGCCGCUUUGUCAUGUGGGAGAGCUCCAUAUCGACAGCUUUACCAAGUUACAACCAUGAACUGGACGAGAUGCUUACUUUACCCAAAGACUUUUAUGACAAUCAAGAGGAAGACUAUUUGCCGCUUCCUUACAAAUAUGUCGCCCAGAUGAUGCAAAUCAACGCCACUAUAUCCACCACUUUGAACUUUUGUGAAGAGAAAGACCAACGAUUAGCUCAAUUAGAAGAAGCUUUGAAAAAUUUGCAAGCAUUCAACGAAAGUAUACCGUCGUCGUUCGCAUUCACUGUUCAAAAUUUUCAAGUCUAUAGUGAACGUUCCCAAGCAGGAGGGUUUUUACUGGUUCACUUUUGGAUCCAUGCUCUGAUCAUUCUGGUCAAUUGCCCGACUUUCUUGAGCACCAACCUCAACUCUAAACUACCAAAUCUAGGUAACUGGGAUCAAGCCUAUACAUCAGCUAAAGCUAUUAGCGAUUUCCUCAGUUAUGUGGAUUUACUGAACAGCUCGGCCUACUUGGCUAAUCCUUUCAUCAAUCAAUGCAUUUACGUCGCCGCAUGUGUUCUUGUUAAAAAGAUCCAAGACCGGCUCUCAAAUGAAUUUCAGUUGGAAGUAUACAACACCCUUCCCUUCAAUGAGCGGCUGGAUGUAUCAUCUGAUCAGGCGAGCUAUGAAAUUUGUAGAAAAGCGCUCUUGCGAAUGCAGACGUAUUGGUUGGGUAUGAACUGGACCAAUGUUUCCUUGGAACAGUUCUCACGAGGCGUUCUGGAUGUCGAUUUAUGCACCAAUGAUAACAACGAAAAUUAUAACGAAGGUAAUAUUCCAUUGCUGGAUAAUGGAUUGCUUCGGAAACUUCGAGAAAAGGAGAAAUCAGAGGCCGAGCAUAAUGGAGCAGGCGAGGCAGCAACAAAGCAUACUUUUGCUGCACAAAAAUCAGCGUCAGAUGAAAACGAGAAAAAGUCUCACCCGCCUAUCAACGUCUUCUCCACGGUUGACGACAAAGAACUACUUAAAGUCCUACCAACUCACCCAGAAGCGUCCGUUGGACAAACCAUGGAUAUCUUCAGCGAUAAUUAUUCCAUUGAGGAAGUUGUUCUCAGCGACGUCGCAUUUGGUGAUGCUUUAUCAGUGGGCAACGAAAGCUUACUAGAGUUGAUAUCGAAUUCAAACACAUGCAACGAUUAUAUAUGAGAUAUAGUGUAUACAGAUGAAAUGUAAUAUAAUAAAGAGCACACUUACAUUGGCCACUUCGUACAUAACACGCCAAGUUCCUGGUUGUGCCGCUAGCU